AUGUACGGACACAUAGCCCAAAAUUGUAAGCCAGACAACCACUGUGCCUACUGCGCAGGGGAUCAUGAUUCCAAGGAGUGCCCACAUGCGCACGACUGCCGCAAGGCCAAGUGCGCUGAGUGUGUCAGGCACAAGAAACCCGAUCUCAGUCACUUUGCCUUUGAUCGGGGAUGCCCUAUUCGGGGCGAAGAGCUGGCAAAGAUCCAGCUCAACAGACGCCAGGGCCCGCAGCUACACCCGGAACGAUAUAGCGAGCCCGCCACGCCGCCAUCCAGCGAAGAAGAUCACCCUACACCCUCCGAAACAGCUCAAGCGGAUGCAAGAGCUGCUGAGGCUAGAGCUGCGAAGGCCGCGAAGAAGAAGCCAUUAAGCCGCUCCCGCUACCGGAUGAAAAAGCGGCGCGUUGUCGAGUCUAGCGAGGACAGUCAGGAAGAGAUAGAAGAGGACCUUCGCGCCCUAUCCAGCUAUGGCGCCCAACCAGUCGACUCUGUAAACGAUGUGGUAGUCAUCGACUCGCCGAGAGAAGCUGUCACCUCUGAGAGCCCCGCGCUCAUAGGUACACAGCGCCGAGGGCGCAGCGAGAGCCCUGACAAGCUCGAGGAUACGACCAGCCAGGGUGCCCCACCCGCGCUAUCUACACGCCGGCAAACACGGAAGGCCCUCCUUGAAAGACUCUCAAUUUUAUGA